CAGGCCCCGAUGCUCAGCCGGAAAUCCUCAUCAGACUCUAAGGAGCUUUGGGCCAUAGCCACUUUCCUCGGGUCGGAGUUGGGCAGUCCCCCGAUUUGUAUUGGAAGAAAAUCCAGAAAAGUAGCUGACUUGCCAACAGGGCUUGCCUAAACAGGCAUUAUUUUCUUGACUUCACCCAAGCGGGUAAAGGGAGGCAAGAGCUGGGGCCAGAACCUGUGGCGAAUCUGCAGCCUCUGGGACGUUUGGCCGCGCAAGGAAGGGGCAGGCAAGAGGAGCAGAGGAGCCCGCGUCUCGUCCACCCAUUCGCCCCGCCCGCCUGACGAAUCUGCGCCCGUUCAACGCGCCACUCAAAUCUCCCCAGCUCUGCCUGGCCGCCUCCCCUUCGCCCCGCCCCCUUUUCCUCGGGGACUAGCCGCUGCUUUCGUCGCCGCCGAUUCGUCAACGGCCCCAGGCCAGAGCAGCUGGACAGUCGUGGUGAAGCCCACUCUCCGGGGGAUGCGGCCAAUCUCCAGGCCCCCUAGGCUGCAAUUCUCAAGCCUCCUAGGGCGCCGGCCGAGGCGAAACCGCUAUCCUCGGCCCCGUUGGUCUCCCAGUGGCGCCCGUGGCGAAAGUGCGAAUGUCGACGCUGUGCCUGCUGGGCCUCGCGCAGUGUAAAUGAGCAAAGAUGGAUCAGGAAGGUGGGGGAGAUGGGCAGAAGACCCCGAGCUUCCAGUGGCGAAACUACAAGCUCAUCGUGGACCCUGCCCUGGACCCUGCCCUGCGUAGGCCUUCUCAGAAGGUGUACCGCUACGAUGGAGUCCACUUCAGUGUCAACGACUCAAAGUAUAUUCCAGUCGAAGACCUGCAAGACCCCCGUUGCCACGUCAGGUCCAAAAACAGAGACUUUUCCCUCCCGGUCCCUAAGUUUAAGCUGGAUGAGUUCUAUAUUGGGCAGAUCCCUCUGAAGGAAGUGACUUUUGCCAGACUGAACGACAACGUGCGGGAGACCUUCCUGAAGGACAUGUGCCGGAAGUAUGGCGAGGUGGAGGAGGUGGAGAUCCUUCUCCAUCCCCGCACUCGCAAGCACCUGGGCCUGGCCCGAGUGCUCUUCACCAGCACUCGGGGAGCCAAGGAGACGGUCAAAAACCUCCACCUUACCUCCGUCAUGGGCAACAUCAUCCACGCCCAGCUCGACAUCAAAGGACAACAACGAAUGAAGUACUAUGAACUGAUUGUCAAUGGCUCCUACACCCCUCAGACCGUGCCCACUGGGGGCAAGGCCCUGAGUGAGAAGUUCCAGGGCCCUGGUGCAGCCGCUGAGACGACUGAGUCCCGCCGCCGCGCCUCCUCUGACACAGCUGCCUACCCAGCAGGCACUGCUGUGGUGGGCACUCCUGGCAAUGGCACCCCCUGCUCCCAGGACACAAGCUUCUCCAGCAGCCGACAAGACACCCCAUCUUCCUUCGGCCAGUUCACCCCUCAGUCCUCCCAAGGAACCCCCUACACGUCUCGGGGCAGCACCCCCUACUCUCAGGACUCUGCCUACUCCAGCAGCACCACUUCAACCUCCUUCAAGCCCCGGCGGUCCGAGAACAGCUACCAAGAUUCCUUUUCCCGCCGCCAUUUCUCUGCGUCUUCAGCCCCCACGACCACCUCUGCAGCCAUCUCUGCCACCACUGCAGCCACCGCCACCUCGGCCACCUCUUCCUCCUCAUUGUCCUCGUCCUCCUCGUCCACUUCUUCCUCAUCCUCUCAUUUUCGUGGUUCUGACUCAAACUACCCAGCAUAUUAUGAAAGCUGGAAUCGCUACCAACGCCAUUCUUCCUACCCACCCCGCCGGGCAACUCGGGAGGAACCCCCCGGGGCACCUUUUGCUGAAAAUACAGCUGAGCGCUUCCCACCUUCCUACACCUCCUAUUUGCCCCCUGAGCCCAGCCGCCCCGCUGACCAGGACUACCGGCCUCCUGCCUCAGAGGCUCCACCCCCGGAGCCUCCAGAACCUGGUGGAGGUGGUGGUGCUGGGGGGCCCAGCCCUGAGAGGGAAGAAGCUCGGACCUCCCCCCGCCCAGCCUCACCGGCCCGCUCCGGCUCCCCAGCCCCGGAGACCACCAACGAGAGUGUGCCCUUUGCUCAGCACAGCAGCCUGGAUUCCCGCAUUGAGAUGUUGCUGAAGGAGCAGCGCUCCAAGUUUUCUUUCCUGGCCUCUGACACAGAGGAGGAGGAAGAGAACACCACAGGCCCUGGGGCUAGAGACACGGGGAUUGAGGUGCCUUCUGGUUCAGGUCACGGGCCCUGCACGCCGCCUCCAGCCCCAGCUAAUUUUGAGGAUGUGGCACCUACAGGGAGUGGGGAACCAGGGGCGACCCGGGAGUCUCCCAAGGCCAACGGACAGAACCAGGCGUCUCCAUGCUCUUCUGGAGAGGACAUGGAGAUCUCCGAUGACGACAGGGGCGGCUCACCCCCUCCGGCCCCAACCCCCCCCCAACAGCCUCCCUAUGACUUUGUGAACUCCCUAGAGCUCAUGGAUCGACUUGGGGCUCAGUGGGGAGGAAUGCCCAUGUCCUUCCAGAUGCAGACCCAGAUGUUAACUCGGCUCCACCAGCUGCGGCAGGGCAAGGGAUUGACUGCUGCCUCGGCUGGUCCCCAUGGUGGGGCCUUUGGGGAGGCCUUCCUCCCAUUCCCACCCCCACAAGAGGCAGCCUAUGGCUUGCCCUAUGCUCUGUACACACAAGGGCAAGAAGGCCGAGGGGCAUAUUCCCGGGAGGCUUACCACCUGCCUUUGCCCGUGGCAGCUGAGCCCCUGCCCUCUUCACUCUCGGGAGAGGAGGCCCGACUACCUCCAAGGGAGGAAGCAGAGCUGGCAGAGGGCAAGGCCCUGCCGGCAGCAGGCACUGUGGGCCGCGUGCUGGCCACCCUCGUCCAGGAGAUGAAGAGCAUCAUGCAGCGAGACCUCAACCGCAAGAUGGUGGAAAAUGUGGCCUUUGGCGCCUUUGACCAGUGGUGGGAGAGCAAGGAAGAGAAGGCCAAGCCAUUCCAGAACGCAGCCAAACAGCAAGCCAAGGAGGAAGAUAAAGAGAAGACAAAGCUCAAAGAGCCAGGCCUGCUGUCCCUCGUAGACUGGGCGAAGAGUGGGGGUACCACAGGCAUCGAGGCCUUCGCCUUCGGGUCAGGACUGCGGGGGGCCCUGCGGCUGCCUUCUUUCAAGGUAAAACGAAAAGAGCCUUCAGAAAUUUCCGACGCCAGUGAGGAAAAGAGGCCGCGGCCUUCCACUCCCGCUGAGGGAGACGAAGAUGACCCUGAGCGAGAGAAGGAGGCCGGAGAGUCAGGGCGUGCAGGGACCAAGCCCCACAAGCGAGAUGAAGAGCGAAGCAAGACCCAGGGCAAGCACCGCAAGUCCUUUGCUCUGGACAGCGAGGGGGAGGAGGCAUCCCAGGAGUCCUCCUCGGAGAAGGAGGAGGAGGAAGAUGAGGAAGAUGAGGAAGAUGAUGAUCAUGAGGAAGCCAUGGGUACUGCAAAGAAGGAGACAGAGGCCUCAGAUGGCGAGGACGAGGGAAGCGAUUCGUCCUCCAAAUGUUCUCUGUAUGCUGACUCAGAUGGUGAAAAUGAUAGCACCUCGGACUCAGAGAGUGGCAGCUCGUCCAGCUCCUCGUCUUCCUCAUCUUCCUCCUCAUCCUCCUCCUCGUCAUCCUCAUCUGAGUCUUCUGAAGAAGAAGAAGAGGAAGAAGAGCAGCCAGCAACCAUCUCCUCAGUGUCGCCGCCACCUAGAGACGUCCCUGUGCCCCUGCCAGCACCUGUGGAGGAACCCAAGCCAGAGAGGAUCGCAGGCUCCCCCGUCACACUGCUCCCUGAACAGAAGUCUCCAGCAAGGCCUGCAGGUGCCACUGAGGAACCAGCACCCAGUGUGCCCCAGCCUCCCCCAGAGCCCCCGGCUGGGCCCUCAGCCCCUGCUCCCUGCCCCGACGAGCGCCCCUCCUCUCCGAUCCCCCUCUUGCCCCCACCCAAGAAACGCCGGAAAACCGUCUCCUUCUCUGCUGUGGAGGAAGUGCCAGCCCCAGAACCUUCCCCAGCUGCCCCACAGCAGGUCAAGGCUCCUGGCCCCAUCUCCCGCAAAGCCCCCCGGGGCGUGGAGCGGACCAUUCGCAAUUUGCCCCUGGACCACGCAUCUCUGGUCAAGAGUUGGCCCGAGGAGGUGUCCCGAGGAGGUCGGAGCCGGGCUGCAGGCCGAGGCCGCUCUACCGAGGAAGAGGAGGCUGAGCCAGGGACAGAAGUGGACCUGGCGGUGCUGGCCAACCUGGCCCUGACCCCAGCCCGACGUGGGUUGGCUGCCUUGCCUAUUGGCGAUGACUCAGAGGCCACAGAGACAUCGGACGAGUCGGACCGCCUGGGCCCUCUGCUCAGCCACAUCCUCCUGGAGCACAACUAUGCCCUGGCCAUCAAGCCUCAGCCCUUCAUACCGUCCCCUCGGCCGCUGGAGCCAGUUCCUGCCCCUGCAGCCCUCUUCAGCUCCCCAGCAGAUGAGGUCCUGGAGGCCCCUGAGGUGGUGGUAGCUGAGGCAGAGGAACCAAAGCAGCAGGAGGAGGGUGAGGAGGAGGAGGAGGAGGAGUCCGAGUCGUCUGAGAGCAGCAGCAGCAGCAGCAGCAACGGGGAGGGGGCUGUCCGGCGGCGCAGCCUCCGUUCCCACACUCGGCGCCGGAGGCCACCACCGCCACCCCCUCCCCCACCGCUUCCCACCUUUGAACCCCGCAGUGAGUUUGAGCAGAUGACCAUCCUGUAUGACAUUUGGAACUCAGGCCUGGAUUCGGAGGACAUGGGCUACCUGCGGCUCAUGUAUGAGCAGCUGCUGCAGCAGACGAGCGGGGCUGACUGGUUGAACGACACCCACUGGGUCCAUCACACCAUCACCAACCUGAGCGCCCCCAGACGCAAGCGGCGGCCCCAGGACGGGCCCCGGGAGCACCAGACGGGCUCGGCCCGCAGCGAAGGCUACUACCCCAUCAGCAAGAAGGAGAAGGACAGGUACCGGGACGUGUGCCCUGUCUCAGCCCGGCAGCUGGAAGGGGCGGACACUCAGGGGACUAACCGUGUGCUUUCGGAGCGCCGAUCUGAGCAGCGGCGGCUGCUGAGUGCCAUUGGCACCUCCGCCAUCAUGGACAGUGAUCUGCUGAAGCUAAACCAGCUCAAGUUCCGGAAGAAGAAGCUCCGAUUCGGCCGGAGCCGGAUCCACGAGUGGGGUCUGUUUGCCAUGGAACCCAUCGCAGCUGAUGAGAUGGUCAUUGAAUAUGUGGGUCAGAACAUCCGCCAGAUGGUGGCCGAUAUGAGGGAGAAGCGCUACGUGCAGGAGGGCAUUGGCAGCAGCUACCUGUUCCGGGUGGACCACGACACCAUCAUCGAUGCUACCAAGUGUGGCAACCUGGCGAGGUUCAUCAACCACUGCUGCACGCCCAACUGCUAUGCCAAGGUGAUCACCAUCGAGUCCCAGAAGAAGAUCGUGAUUUACUCCAAGCAGCCCAUCGGCGUGGACGAGGAGAUCACCUACGACUACAAGUUUCCGCUGGAGGACAACAAGAUCCCGUGUCUGUGCGGCACCGAGAGCUGCCGGGGCUCCCUCAACUGAGGUGGGCAGACGGGCGCCCACACCCCUAUUUAUUCCCCUUGGUGCCCUGAGCUCCCAGCACCCCAGCCUUAGUGGGCUCAGGAGGGCCCACAUGCCCCCAUCUCUGAAUAUGGAGUUGGGCCCCUGAGCCCUGCCAGGGAGCCUCAGUCCCUUAAGGCAGUGUCUGCCUCCCCUGUCACCCCUGCCACCCACCCCCUAAUUUUUUUCUUUGCGGAGAAGAAGCUGUAAAUGUUUUGUAGCUGCCAGAGCUGUUUCCUGUGGAAACCUGGGGUGCCAGCCUGUAUAGAUCCUGUUCUCGGGGCUGCACAGCCCUCUUGCUUUGUGUUCAUGGGGACUUCCCUUCUGUGCCCUGCGUGCACCCCUCCCCAGUUUAGGGGUCUCUAGGGGCAGUGGCCAUGUUCUCCCCCUGGGGAGGGGGGCCCUGUGCCUCCCAGUCCUGGGGACUCCGUGCCUGGAACCCUGCCUCAUUUUUUGUUCCUGCCAGACCCUGUGGGUCACCCUUCUACCCUGGUGUCUGUAAGCUCUGGUUGGGCCAGGCCAGGAUGGCGGGAGGAGCGGGCCCUUCCUGUUGGGCUGGAUUGUACAUGUUAACAGCAAAGACCCAAUGCCACAUUUUUAUAAUUGUGAUUAAACUUUAUUGUACAAAAA